CCGUGUCCCCCUCCCGCCGGGCCGGGCCCGCGCCAUGGCCGCCUCGCCGGGCUCGGGCAGCGCCAACCCGCGGAAGUUCAGUGAGAAGAUCGCGCUGCACACGCAGCGGCAGGCCGAGGAGACGCGGGCCUUCGAGCAGCUCAUGACCGACCUCACCCUGUCGCGGGUCCAAUUUCAGAAGCUUCAGCAAUUGCGCCUCACACAGUACCAUGGAGGGUCUUUACCAAAUGUGAGCCAACUACGGAGCAGUGCGUCAGAGUUCCAGCCCUCACUUCACCAGGCUGAUAGCGUCCGGGGGACCCGCCACCACGGGCUGGUGGAGAGGCCAGCCAGGACCCGCUUUCACCCUCUCCACCGAAGGUCUGGGGACAAGCCGGCACGACAAUUUCACUUUGAUGGUAGUACUUUCGGAGCCAGUUACUCCUCACAGCCCCUGGAUGAGAGUUGGCCAAGGCAGCAGCACCCUUGGAAAGAAGAAAAGCAUCCUGGGUUCAGGCUGACAUCUGCACUUAACAGGACCAAUUCUGAUUCCGCUCUUCACACGAGUGCUCUGAGUGCCAAGCCCCAGGACCCCUAUGGAGGAGGAGGCCAGUCGGCCUGGCCUGCCCCAUACAUGGGUUUCUGUGAUGGUGAGAACGAUGUACAUGGAGAAGUGCUGUCCUUCCCUGGCCCGUUGAAAGAAGAGAAUCUGUUAAACGUUCCCAAGCCACUGCCAAAACAACUAUGGGAGACAAAGGAGAUUCAGUCCCUGACAGGGCGCCCUCGAUCCUGUGAUGUUGGAGGUGGCAAUGCUUUUCCACACAAUGGUCAAAACAUAGGCCUCUCGCCCUUUUUGGGGACCCUGAACACCGGGGGGUCAUUGCCAGAUCUAACCAACCUCCACUACUCCGCACCCAUGCCAGCCUCACUGGAUACCAGUGACCACAUCUUUGGGAGUAUGAGUGUGGGGAAUAGUGUGGGCAACCUGCCGGCUGCUAUGACUCACCUGGGCAUAAGAAGUUCUUCUGGUCUCCAGAGCUCUCGGAGUAACCCGUCCAUCCAGGCCACACUCAACAAGACAGUGCCGUCCUCGUCCCUGAACAGCCACCCACAGGCGUCCACCCCCAGCGCCUCGGCCCUUCACCCAUCCCUCCGGCUCUUCUCCCUCAGCAACCCGUCUCUCCCCACUGCAGCCAUGAGUGGCCCCUCCCGGCGGAGGCAGCCCCCAGUUAGCCCUCUCACGCUCUCUCCAGGCCCUGAAGCCCAUCAGGGUUUCAGCAGACAGCUCUCAGCCACCAGCCCUCUGAACCCCUAUCCUGCGGCUCAGAUCGUGUCCUCAGACCGAAGCCCACUUUCUUUCCUGCCCACAGAAGCUCAAGCUCAAGUAUCCCCACCGCCCCCUUACCCUACCCCUCAGGACCUCCCUCAGCCCCUCCUACAGCAGCCCCACACCCAGGAGGCCCCUGCUCAGCAGCCUCAAGCUGCCUCAUCCCUGCCUCCAUCCGGCUUCCCCCUCCUCACAGCCCAGGGUUCAUCUUUGACCAACUUCUUCCCAGAUGUGAGUUUUGACCAGCAGUCCAUGAGGCCAGGCCCUGCCUUUCCUCAACAGGUGCCCCUGCAGCAAGGUCCCCGAGAACCACAGGACUCAUUUCAUGGGAGACCAAACCUGUAUUCCAACUGUGGGACUUUCCCCAACACCAUCCUGACAGAAGACUCGAGUACCAACCUGUUUAAAGACCUCAGCAGUGCGCUAGCGGGCAUGCCUGAGGUCGGCCUGAACAUGGACACUCCAUUUCCACUGGAAGAAGAGCUCCAAAUAGAACCCCUGAGCCUGGAUGGCCUCAACAUGUUAAGUGACUCCAGCAUGGGCCUGCUCGACCCCUCUGUGGAAGAGACAUUUCGGGCUGACCGACUGUGAACAGAAUGGAAUAGGCCACGAGAAUUUAUUUCUGAAGGGGCUCAACUAGAACGGCGUAGAAUGGAGCCAGCAACAUCCUCUGGGCCUGAGUCAUCUCGGGCUUCUGAAAUGGAAGGAGCCGAUUCCAUGACUCCUAGCUUCCUGAAGAGGUCCCAUCUCAUACCCCAUGGCUCACUCCGGAUCCCAGAGCUGUGCGCUGCCUCUCAGGCCUGUGGCCCAGGUGACACUGCUGCAGGCCAGCUGCUUCCGAGCUUCCGCUGACUCGGCCCUCACCGUGACCAGUACACUUUUACUGGCCAUCUAAUCUGCCGAUGUGUACAAAUAGAACCGCGUAAUGGGGGCUGCAGUCACGUCAUGCCGUGCCCAGAACCACUGAUCUUUGUCAACACUGAAGAAGGGGUCUGGCCUGGGGGGUGGUGGGGGUUGCAGGCCUUCGGGGGUUGGCUCAGCUACGAGCAACGGUACCACAGCAUCAUGAUGCCUUCUCCGCUCUGCCUGCCCCAGCUUGGCCCCUGCCAGCUGCUGGCCCAGCAGAUGCCCAUGGUCUCCCAGUUGCCUUAAUUCCAAUAUGAAGAAUUUUUAUUUUUUACCACGAUUUCAAGAACAAAUUUGAGUUAAGCAAACUGAAUGCUCAUUUGUUUUCUCCAAGUAUAUAAUCUAUCUGCUGCUUCAGUACACUCUUUCCUGUGGACAAGGGGAGAAGGGGGCUGCUUUAUUCAGUCACUGAAGAAAAAACAACAAAAACCCACCCUUCAUGAUGGAUGAGCCUGAAGAGAAAAGCACUUCCUCUCGAUGACUGAGGCAAGAGAGGAAAGCUGCAGGUAGCCCGCAGACACACAAUGUCUUCCAGACGGGCUCCAGACAAGCACAGGCCCUCCCUCACCACAGACCACUGGAGGGAUGCCGGAGGUCGGAGCCAGACCCCCCAGCAGCUGAGCUAGCAGCAGGGGGAAGUUGUUUCUCUAUGGAACGGGAGUGUCUGCGUAAUCCCGCUAGACCGUAAGCUCCUUGAGCACAGGGACUGUGCCUUAUUUGUUACCAAACCCUUAGUACCUAACAAGUGCUGGCACUGGGUAGGUGCUGCGUUACCAUGUGUUGAAUGCAUGAAUGAACGAACGAAGGAAUGAAUGAAUCUGCCUUGCCACAAGGCAGUCUAAUCUUUAGCUAGCCCCGUUCCUUGCCAAAUCUCAGAGCUUUAGCUUUUCUAACACUUGUGCCUGUGGUUAAGCUAAGCAUGCACUUUAUAUGCUUCUAACACUAGGUGACCAAAUCCACAAUUAGGCCAGGAUGCCCUGUUAUCCUCGAGGGUAUGCUCCAGAGCAGGAGGGGGAAACUGUCUUCUGAGUGAAUCCAGCACAGCUGGGGAAGCUGAGGCCUUGGGAAUUGGUGCUGGGACCUUGGGGAUCCCAGCCAGGCCCCUACCUCAAAAAUCUUCCCUUUCAGAUCCAUGUUUUGCUCUAAAUUGCUUUAAAAAGAGAUUCAUUCUUUGAGGUUGCAGAAAAAGUCUACAGUAAAAUGAAGGCCAAACUCGUGAAGCCGUCAUUAGUACCUUAGCAUAAAAUGGUAUGGCUGGAUUUCCACCACUGCUUGCCUCCUCUGACUUAGCCCCUGACCAGACACCUGACCGGUGGACUUGAAGAGGACGGAGGGGUCUGAUGCUUCAGAGCAUCUGUAGGGAGGGGUCUGGGCCGUGGGGCAGAAUGCAGGUGCAGGAGGACAGAACCAGGAGGACAGGAGCACUGGAGGAGAGACAAAAGGUGCUGGGACUUUUGCCCAGAUAGCCACUGCCCUUCCAGGGAGACACCAGGAGUGUGGCUAGAGGCCGCUACACGGUCCCCACCUGAAGAAGCAAGGCUGCACCUAACAGGUCUGAAUCUGACACAUUGGCGCCCCUUGACAAGAAGAAUGUGUAUUGGGAUCCUGGGCUCUGAACCUCUCCAGGCCUCAUCCCAUUUCUGUCUCCAGAGGGAUCACGUUACCUCCAGUCUGAGAUAACCCCAAUGGCACAUCUGCAGCUUCCUCUGUGGGGCACAAGCCCUCCACUUCACCUUAGCCCCAAAUCUCUGCCUUUGAAUUGGGAAAUCCAGCCAGGGCCCUCGCCUAAGCUCCAAAUCUCAUUCCCAGUGAAGUUUUCAGAUCCCUUUACACCGAGGAUCUCAGGAGGGUGGUGACUUGUUGUUAAAGUGCAAGCCCUUUCCUUGUGGUGGGAGACAGUGUGCUAGAAGGAGCCAGCUCCAUGCUGCCUUUCCCGUGUCAGAGGGCCCCAUCUGGCCUUUCAGGCGGGGAAUGGUGCUGCUGUGAGGAGUUUGGGUGUUCUUUAAGUGGAGGUCCCAGCAUAACCCACCCUUUGUGUGGUGCCUCACCUGGCGGGAUUACCCGCUCCCUGUCUGCAGCAGACCUGCCUUUGCAGGAGCCCCGGGACCUACCUACACGAUGAAGCACGCUGCCGCCUCCCCCACUCCGCCCCACACAUCCUCCCGGUGACUCGAGGAGAUGGAGGCUCCCAGGAAAAGUGACUUGUCCGAGAGAAGUAUAAUGAUGACAGUAAGGCUUAGCACUGAAUUAAAUUUGUCCCUAGGUCCACCGGUCCAGUCUUUUCCUGUGAAAAGGUUUUGGGCAUUAUCCAACCCACUUUGCUUACACGGCAUCAAGGGCACCCUUGGGCGGGUGUCACUCUGACCUCCAGGGGUAAGUCUGCCCUCACUGCUGCCUUUGCAACAAACCAGGAAUGGUCCUUGGCACCUGAAGUGGCUACGUGCACCAGAAUAACUAUCUUCCAAUAUUUAGUCUUGUUACGAGAAGAUUGACGGCUGUACUACUCUCAUUUACUAGCAGUUAAACAGUGUAGAACUAGAAACUUAUCUGUGUUCUCUGUUUCCUUUCUGUACGGUUGUGGUUUGUAGGACACACGGUGUUAGGAGAAACUUUCUUCCGAUCACGUCAAGACCAACAUAAAUUCUCCUCUGUCCUGUUUCAUUUCUCCGAAAUCUACUGUAUAUUAGCCAAGCUGAAGCGUUGUGUAUUCCAGUCCAUCUGCGUAUUUGAAGCCGUUUCCAACUCUGACUCUCGUUGGCUCUGUUAUGUACAGGUGAUUCCAUCACUUGCCGGUGGGACCGUCACAGCAACUAAUCAGACUUCCCCCCAGUGUCCUAACUCCCAGGUCCCUUGUUAAACAAUAUUUAAAGAUUGGAAUUUGUAUAAAGUAGCUUCCAAGUUUUAUAAUAUAUCGUUUUACAUCUUUCGUAAUUAAAAGCACAAUAAGGUUGUAUCUGCA